CCCGCCCGUUGGCGGUAACCAGGGGUUACUGGCCUGGUCACGCGUCCCUACCGAUGGGGGCUUGCACCAAUGGGCUGCCUGGCGUCGGCGGGCCGCGGGGCACGUGACCCCGGCGCGGCGGGGUGGAUUGCGACCACCCCCGCAGCUGAGUGCCGUCCCGUCCGGGCCGCCUAGGCCGCGUCGUCGCGCCUCAACCGCUGGUAAGCGCGGAGCCUUUGAGACCAAGCUGGGACCUGUAUCGGUCGGUGUUUGUCCGCAGCGGCAGUCUGGGCGUGAGUGAGGAGUGACGCAUCAAUACCUGGGCCUCUGCUGUCUCCCAGUCUUCCUGAGUUGUUCUGACCUGUCCACACUGUUUCUGUAGCUUUCAAGGCUCUGGAUGGCUAGUGAAGAGAGAUGUUCAAUCUAAUGGCCAAUUGUUGCACCUGGUUAAAACGGUGGCAGGAACCUGUCAGGAAGGUGACAUUAAUAAUGGUGGGUCUUGAUAAUGCUGGUAAAACUGCUACAGUCCGAGGAAUUCAAGGAGAGUCUCCUGAGGACGUAGCUCCAACGGUUGGGUUUUCCAAGAUUGACCUUAAACAGGGGCGCUUUGAAGUCACCAUCUUUGAUUUAGGAGGUGGAAAACGAAUUCGGAACAUAUGGAGAAAUUACUAUGCUGAGUCUUAUGGUGUAAUAUUUGUUGUGGAUUCUAGUGACAUUGAAAGAAUGGAAGAAACAAAGGAAGCCAUGACUGAAGUUUUAAACAGCCCUAAGAUAUCAGGGAAACCCGUGCUAGUGCUAGCAAAUAAGCAGGACAGAGAAGGAGCUCUGUCAGAAGCAGAUGUAAUUGAGACCUUAUCUCUGGAAAAGCUUGUCAAUGAGCACAAAUGUCUAUGUCAAAUUGAACCUUGCUCAGCUGUCAUGGGCUAUGGGAAAAAAAUCGAUAAAUCAAUUAAAAAGGGUUUAUAUUGGCUUCUACAUAUCAUAGCAAAAGAUUUUGAUGCCUUAAAUGAGCGUAUCCAAAGAGAUACUAGUGAACAAAAAGCAUAUGAGGAACAAAAAAAACGAGAACGAGCUGAGCGAGUGAGAAGGAUACGAGAAGAAAGGGAAAGAGAAGAAGGAAGAAGUGUACAUGAUGAUGAGGACCCUGAGCCUGGGAAAUCUGAAAACCCUUUCCAGCCUAUAGCUGCAGUAAUCUCUGAGAAUGAAAAACAAAUUGAGAAGGAAAAGAAGCGGCAAAAGUUGGAGACUGAGAAGGCUACUGUUGUCUCAAAAUCUCAGACAGAACAGGAACAAAUGGAUGAGCAGCAACUAUCAACUAACAGUAGCCAAAAAGCAAAUGAUAGCAGACUGGAAACAUGCAAUUCUACAACUGCACAACAUUUGCAGCGCGAAGAAAAUGAGCAGCAAACCUCAGAAAGCCUUGACUCAGAUAACGGUAAGAAGAAAAACAAAAAAACAAAAUUGAAAAGAGGCCACAGAGUAGAACCCAUUAACGGAGAUGAUGCAGUUCCCUCAAAUCCUACAUCACCACCAUCUCUUCCACCAGUUGGCUGGGGAACUCCUAAACUUAGUAGACUUCGAAAACUGGAGCCUCUUGGUGAAACACAUCAUACUGGAAUGUAGAGAAAAGAAGGCAAGAAAGAAAAUCCAGAUGAAGAGAUUUCUAUGGAAAACCUCUGCCCCCAUUGACGAUACGCCAAAGACCAAACAGUGAUACUCGCGAUGUCAUUGCUUAACUGGAUCACAGAUAACAAUGAAAAAACAUGGUCAAGAAAUUGUAUUAUAAAUGGGUUUUGUCCACAAAGGAAAAUUUAAAAAAUGACAGUCUAUGAGCGAAGUAAAAAUUUGGUGACAGUUAAACACAGAGUUCAUUCUAUUGUACUUUGUCAUUUACUUUUCACAUCACCAGCGCUUCUUCAGGGUGAAGAAAGCAUGGAAGCAAGAAAGAUCUGUGUGUCCAUGGAAGCUCCUUUGAACAUAGUACGGAAUACGCGUUGGGUUUACUUCUGAAAAUGCAUAGCUAUAAACCCGAAGAAAAAUACCUUCAAGAUGAUAUAUUAUUGGAUUGUAUGUUCUCACCAAAACCUUUCACCAGGUGCUGUGCAGUGGUUGAUAUUUUUGCAGCUAAUAAAUGGUUCUAAUGCAUUUUUUCAUGUAUGUUAGGGUGAAUAUAGGCAGGUUACGCAACAAAUACCGAGUAUAUUUUUCUAACUUUUUAUAAAACUAUUUGAAAAUAUGUGUGGAUUUUCCUACCUACUACCAAUAAAAUGAUACCCAGAAAGCAUAAGAAAGCUGAUACUCAAAUACAUGCAAGUAGGAUGUGUUUGACUCUUAACGUUUUUCCUACAGUAGCAAUACCUCUUAUUAGGGAUUACGUUACCUUCAUUUCUUAUUUCUGGCAAUCUGAAGGGAGGUAGGUAGAAAGGGAAGUUUAAUAUAAAUACAUUUUUUACAAAAUUAUGCUAUUUGAAUCGCCUGAAAGUUUUCUUAUGCAUUAUUGCUUUAGUUUUGUUAACUGAGUCGGGUGUAGGUAAUAAGUUCAGUUUGAAAAAUAGAGCUGAAUAAUUGUAUUGUCUAUUACAACAUACAAUAAAAUUGCACAAUGUGAAAGUUUGCACUAAUUCAGUCAUCAGUUCUGAUGGAAAACUGAAUCCAAUAUGCAUUUAAGCUCCAGCACUUUUUAAUCUCAUUAAUAGUAAAAUGCCAUCUUGGAACAAAAGAAACCCUGGAAUUUUAAGGAGUUAUAUAAUGUUCCUGUGUAGUGUUUUAAUUUUUCAUUUAAAAAAAUCAAAUACAAGGGAUAUGUAAAACAGGUUAGAAAUGGUUAUGUUCCAUGGUUACUGACAUGCCCUAUAUGCUGUCGUUCCUCUUACUUUGGAGACAACCAUUGGCAUAUUGUGUAAAAGUAUAUAGCUGUGCCACUUGGUUACAACAAGGAUGGAACCCCCAUUCAGAUUCUUUUUGAAGAAGUGCCCUUUGCUGAUUUUCCAUUCUGCUCUCAAUCUUCCAUAAUGUGCUGUUAUCUAAUGAUUUUAGAAGUUAAAUGAAUGCAAUGUAUUCAGCACUUUGACAUUAGAAAUCUUUGCCACAUACCCACAAUGUCAAUAAGUUACACAAAUAAAUAUACCAUAUUGAAAUGACACAAUUAAUUAAUAUUUAUUAGUAUGUUUGAGUGGAAAAAAAAAAGGAUCAGUCUCAAGAAUAUUAAAGUUUAGAAUGGGUAGAGAAGAAUAUUCCAGGCUUGCAAAUUUAGCAUAAGGGUGAAACAGUUUGUAAGUAACUGUCAGCAUGAGAAUACACUAUUAGAAUACAAGAAAAGUAAUAUGGUUCAGUUUGAUGAUUUUGGGGACUUAGUCAUUUUCACUUUAAACAAACGUUAUUCAGUGGAGAAAGGAUUGCAUAUAUGUUUACAGGUGCGAUCCCAAUCUUAACCAUUUUUGACUCUGUUACCACUUAAUUAUUUUGGCUUGAAGGGUCCAUUCUUGCAGGCUUACCUUUUUUUUGUUUCUUUAAAGUUUCAGUUCUGUAAAUGUAUUACCCUUUUAUAUUAACACUAAUAAAAAUAAUUUAAUUGAAGUCUUUAUUAAAAAAAUAAAGCUAAAUACUGCUGUGGAAACAAAAUUUGAGAAACUGAAAGGUAAGAUGUUGUUACUUAUGUGUGAAACGUGUGUGAAGUGUGCUAUGUGUGUGGACACGUGUAUCAGUUUUGUUUCUGCUUUUAAAAUAAUCUGUACCAAUAAACGACCAAAGUACUACAA